AACAGCCUGGUGGUGAAACGGUGGUAGUGACGCCAGUUUCUGGUUUAUUUCACCUCCGGGAGGUGAAGUAGAUUGUCAACGGGACGGACGGACGGAAGCCAUAUAGCAAACAGCAUCCCUCUUCCUGUUGACGGGACCCGGUCUUCUUGCCACGCUACUCCAGCUGUUAAUUGAACAGCCUGAUAUCCUCGCUUUUAGACGGGACCGUCUGCUGCAUCCUGCCACAAUCCCUGUUAGAUUUUGUAGAUGCUUGGCUUUUGUCGCACUGGUCUGGAAUUCUAGUCAAGUCUGUUGAAAGGUCCUGAAAACAUGAUAGCUAAUUCUACUACUGAGGCAAUAGUAGAGAUGGUGGCGGAAUGUAUAAUCCACGAAGACACAGACAGUCUCCUUGGUCUCUCUCUGACGGGAAUGUCGGACGCGAAUCUCACUUCCUCCGCAGGACAAUGUUAUCAGACGUACGUGUCCCUGCCAGAGACGAUAGUAUUCGGAAUCUACGCCCUCUUCGCUCUCAUCUUCGGAGUGGGAGGAAACCUGAUAGUAAUCCUUGCCACCCUGAAGUACACAGUGUUCAGCUUGGAUAGUAUCACCAUGGUGUUUGUCCGGCACCUGGCUAUAGCGGACAUUCUCUACAUCGUCAUCAGAGUCUUUCCUUCUAUCACCGUUCAUUUUGCACGAGGAUGGGUGAUGGGAAAAGUGCUGUGCUUCCUCUCAGCCAACACAGUAACGAUCAGCACCAUAGCCAGCAUGCACUUCAUCCUCACCGUCUCCAUCCACCGUCUCCUCCGGUGCCUCUUCCCUCUCCGGUUCAGCCUCUCCGUCCGAAACAAAGCAACUAUCCUAGCUCUCAUACUGUGGGGCUACUCCGCAAUAUGCUCCGUCAUCUCGCUCUCCCUCGACAUUGAGGUAUACUUCAGGCCGAGUAUUGCUGCUUGUGAUAUUGAUUACUCCCGGCAUAAGAGCCUGGCGGUGUCCGGAGUUAUGGUUCAGAUGCUCAUACCUUUCGCUGGAAUCGUUCUGAUUAAUAUCGGAAUGUACAUCAUAGCAAGGCAUCGAUUUAAGGAUCUCUCCAACAACCAAGCUCUGAUGACGGUGGCCUCUGUCGCGGGUCUCUUUGUGGUGGCCUGGUUACCGUCCAUCCUGGUGAUCUUACUGGGAGUGCAUGGGAUAAGUGCUAAAUCCCUUAUAUGGCUGGACAAGGUCCAGAUCCACUUCUACAUUCUCAGCGUGUUUGGCAACCCUUUCCUCUACUCCUUCGUCCACAAGGGAUUCGGCAAAUUUGCCCGCUCCAAGUUCUCCAUAUUUGUCAACAAAUGCCACAACUCGGUGGAGGCACGAUGGGACAACUCUAUCUCCAAAUCCUCUGACCACACCCCCGGGGGUGAGGAAAUGGGGGUUGUGCCCAAGUGCCAGGGAAGACGCGGCUCCAAACAAAACAUUGGCAUGAAACGUGCCGGGUCUAGCGAUCUUAUAAAUGAGCCUCUCAAAGACAUUGCCAUUAUGGAAAAUGAUAAGGCUAAGUGCAGUAAAGACUGCAGUGAGGAGAAUUCUAAAGACUCAGGACUAUGCUCCGCCUCGUAAAACUUUAAAACACUCAUAAUGUUAUGUAUUGAUCAUAUUUUCAUACAUUUUUUUUGUUCACCAGAUAGGUCUCGUACUGGUCGCUUUUUUCAAUUUCAAUUGAAACUGAUUCCAUUUAUUAUGGUGCUCAUAUUAUGAGGGUGAAACAGUCGUUUUUAAUUUUACAAUAACUGGUAUUUUAUAACUAUUGUACUGCAUGCAAUCAGCCGACCAGGAAUGAACAUCAAGCAUUCGAUAAAGUUUACAGAGACUCCCUUAAUUAUUAUUGAUAUCUUAAUAUUGUCAAAUGAAAUUGGCACCUGGAAAUUUUACCCUUUACUCAUUUAAUUGGAACUGUAUGUGUUUCUAAACGCCAAUUUCGUAUGAUACCUUUAUGAUUUGUAUUUGUUUACUUCUACCAAAGAACGCAUAACUUAGAAUGUUCAAUCUUUAGCAUGUCUCUUAAGGUACCUUAAGGUACCUUUCAACCUUAUUUCUUAAGGCUCUAAGGUGGUACCUUUCAACCACGCAUGUGCUUUGGUAAAGUACCUUUCAUAAACGUUGCUCCAUAACAUAUUGAUACUAUGACCACUUUAAUCUUUGUUUCUUUCUUGAAUAUAUUGUCUUAUUUUGUUUUUGUUCUUUAUUCGUAACUUUUCUUAUUCAUAAAGUAACUUGUUGAUUACUUUAAGUAUUUACUUUAUACGGUUUGAA